GAGCGCCAACGAGUGGGGAUGCUCUAAGAUGUUCCAGUGCCAGCGCUAGCUACACUGCUCUCGCAGAGUUAGCUGAUCAAUUCUUCACAACCAGAGGCCGCUCAAGCUAGCAACGUCAAUCCGCAUGCAGCUACGGCCGGGGAGGAGCCAACCCAUGGCCGUCGGCGCGGCGAGCAGGCGGUACAUGGGGCCCCUCCUGUGCACCAACCUCGUCAUGCACGGCGCCGUCCUCGGCAUCGCCGGGUGGUCGAUCAGCAAGUUCAUCGACCGCGAGACCCACCGCCAUUUAGGCGGUAACACGGCGACGGGGUACCUGCUCGUCUUCUCACUGAUGGCCGGGGUGGUCGGCACCUGCUCGGUGCUCCCCGGCCUGCUUCACGUCAGGGCGCCCUGGCGCGGCGAGAGCCUCGCCACAGCGGCCUCCACCGGGCUUGUCUCCUGGGCGCUCACUGCCCUCGCCUUCGGCCUCGCGUGCAAGCAUGUCACCCUAGGGAACCGAGGGAGGCGCCUGAGGACACUGGAGGCGUUCAUCACGAUCUCGGCGCUGACGCAGCUGCUCUACCUGAUCCUGCUUCACGCCGGCACCCUCAGCAGCGUAUUUGGCCCGGGCUGCCGGAAUCACGACCACUCUCAAGGUUGCUGCGAAAUCCACCGGGAAGAGCUCGACAGGAGCCAUAAGCAAGGUGCCCCAGAGUUUCCGUCCUCGCAUGCAUGACCAGCGUCAGGCCGUUCCAGUAUAUGCCGUAUCUUGGUACGGUUGCGAUAUGUAGGCUCUCCAUUACGUUUGUGUGUGCACUUCCUGUAAAGCCAACUCCAACGGCACUCCGUAUUUCGAUCGUAUUUUUUUGUCUAUUUGGGUCUAGAUUCGGAAGCCCGUGGACAGGAAA